UUCGCAGCUUUCGACGGCCACGGCCGAUGAUCCGGCGAGCGAGCCGCCGCCUCCUCCCGGCCGUCCCUCACCACACGCCCCCGCCCCGCCGCACCCUCGCGGCCAGCGCGGCGCUGCAGUGGCUCGACGACGAGCUCACCUCGCUCGUCCUCCCCGAACCCAGGCCCGUGCCCGGGGUCGACGCGCACGCGUGCGCCAGGCUGCUGCAGGGCUGCUUGGCGCGCGGCGACGCCCGCGGAGGCCGCGCCGUGCACGGCCACGUCGUGCGUAGCGGCGUCCUCGACCUCGACAUCUUCUGCGCCAACGUCCUCAUCAACCUGUACGCCAAGCUCGGGCCCUUGGCCGGCGCGCGCAGGGUGUUGGACGCCUUGCCGGAGCGGAACACGGUGUCCUUCGUCACGCUCCUCCAGGCCCACGCGCUGCGCGGGGAGUCCGAAGCCGCGGCGGCGCUGUUCCGGAGGCUGCGGCGGGAGGGGCACGAGGUGAACCAGUUCAUGCUCACCUCCGUGCUCAAGCUGGUCGUCGCCAUGGACGACGCUCUGGGGCUCUCCUGGGCCGUGCACGCCUGCGCGUGCAGGCUGGGCCACGACCGGAACGCCUUCAGCGGGUCCGCGCUGGUCGACGCCUACUCCAUGUGCGGGGCUGUCGGCGACGCAAGGCGCCUGUUUGAUGGCAUCGUGGGUAAGGACGCCGUUCGCUGGACAUAAAAGAGCACUCUUCGUUCGGCCGAAUCAUGUACCAGGUUGGCAUCAAUCAGCAGGGUAAUUUGCAAAACAAAACAAAAAUGCUUGCUUGAUUGGACUUAGCAAAGGCAAUACCUGUCCUACAGAUCAUAGAUUCUGGCAACCUUAUUGAGCUAUAUGGAGAAUUAGUGCAUUUUGCUGGGAAGAUGACGAACUAUUUCUUCAUUCGCCUGACCUUGAUGUGUGCAUUGCAUUAAUCACGGGGUGUUAUCCCCAAUCCCAGGUGACUGGGCAGCCCGUAGCACACGGCGCCGGAGAUGCCUCGUGGUAGCUACGGCCCUGAGGCGGACAUCUGGAGCGCCGGCGUCGGUCUUUCUACAUCCUCCUCCUCCGCGGCGCCGAACAUGCAUGCAUGCACCAACAGAAGGCGAUCAUCGGCAUCCAUGGUUUGAAAUUCGAAUUGCAGAGACGGGAGCAAGGGUGCGGCGCAUUCGAUCCUUGACGGUGCGGUGGACUUGUGGCCUUGGAUACGUGCGGCAGUUUUGGUGUACGUGCUUAUGAGUUGUGACCAUGCAGUUCUCGAGGUCUGAAUCCAUGGUUGCCGGUGGCAUCAGGAGAGCGUUUCUGCCAGUGGACUGAGCAGUUGAAGACUCCUGAGUAACAGCCUCGUGAAAGAUGUUCAGAAAAUCGCGCCCACAGUACGUGCCAGACACACUGCAUGGAAGCAAACAAUUCCAUCGCGUUCGUGUGCGUGGCAUUUCGACUUUAAUUAUAUGGAGCCAUUAUGAUUAUGUUUAUCCAGACCCAGUUAUGAUCAUCCAGCAGAGUCACUGAUGCUGAUA